UUCACGCUAGAGAUUUUGAGUCCGCCUUCUUCAAUCCUCACUUUUGUUUGCUCUUCUUUUCUUGUCUCUUGAAAUUGGAUGUUUCUGCUUCUCCGAUAUGUUAGUUUUGCAAGACUUUGGACUUUUCCUUCAUAUAUUGCCUAGAAUAGCCAUUGAAACCAGCGAUUAAGCCCAACUCUCACUCUCUCUUCUCUCUCUGGACGCAUUCACAGCAAACCCUAGAUUUUGGGAUUAAGCGGGUUUCUAACGAGAAGAAGAUGGAUCGUGUCAGCAAUCUACCAGACGAGAUUCGUUGUCAUAUCUUGUCAUUCCUUCCCACCAAGCAGGCUGCUUUAACUUCGGCUCUCUCCAAGAGCUGGCGCAAUCUUUGGAAACUUGUCCCUAAUCUUGACAUUGAUGACUCUGAGUUUCUUCAUCCGGAAGUUGGUAAAGGUGAAAGGGAUGAGAUUCGUCAGAGCUUCGUUGAUUUCGUGGAUGGUGUGUUGACUUUGCAGGGUGACUCUCCCAUUGAUAAGUUCUCCCUCAAGUGUAUAACUCGUGUUCAUCCAAGUUGUGUGAACCGUUGGAUACGUAAUGUGCUGCAGCGUGGUGUUUCCGAUCUUACUCUUUUCACUGAUUUUUCCUCCGAUGAUUCCGAAGAAGAAGGUUAUAAUCUGCCAGAGGAUAUGUUCAGCAGUAGAAAACUAGUCCAGCUGAAAAUAAGAAGUGAGAAUUGUGUUGAUUGGCUUUGGCGUAGAGGUGUAGGCUCUGCCUCUCUCUUGCCCAUGCUUAAAACUCUCGACAUUGACUCAGAUUUGAUUUUUUGUGGUAAGGUUGAGUUGCUUCUACGUUCUUUCCCUGUCCUUGAAGAAUUACGAUUGGCUAAUACGGAGUGGACAGACUUGGAUGAAAGCAUCUCAAGUGCAAUCCUCAGGAAACUAAGCUUAAGUAUCAAUUUAUCCGAAGAUGAAGAAUUUGGAAAUCCAAAGAGCAUUUCUUUUGAUACUCCAAGUCUGCUUUACUUAAACUACGCUGAUUUAGUUGCUGAGGAUUAUCCUUUAGUUAAUAUGGGGAAAUUAUUUGAGGCUCGAAUCAAUCUUAUGCUAGCUACUGAAGAUCAAGUCAAGCGAGUAAGAGCGCCAAAUCAUGAUUUGUUAGAGGGUGAUAUCGUUCUCAAAUUUGGCAAUGCGGUGAAGCUCAUGAACGGCAUAAAAAAUGUUCAGAAACUUUCCCUAACUGCUGAUACUCUCGAGGUGCUUUCUCUAUGCUGUGAAUCGAUGCCGGUGUUCAAAAACCUUAAAAUGUUAGGUAUCGAGAGUGAAGAGGGUCGAGGAUGGCAAGCGAUGCCAGUUCUUCUUAGGAACUGUCCACAUUUGGAAACUCUUAUCAUUGAGGGUCUCUUGCACUAUGAGACAGAUAAGUGCGGGGAUGCUUGUGACUGCAUUUCUCGGGAGGACAAAGGUCAUUCACUCACAUCGUGUCCAGUCAAGAUGAUAGAGAUUCAAGGGUUUCGAGGAACAGUGAAAGAGAUGACAAUGAUAAAACAUUUCCUGGUCUAUUUUCCGUGUUUGAAGGAGAUGAAGAUCUAUGUUGCAGAGAAUGGUCCUACAGACCUCAGAUUCCCUCAAGUGUCUGACCUUAUCGAGCAGUUAAUGGAAGAAUACAACAAGUCAUCAAGUUGCAAUGUCGAACUCCUUGUGAGUGAUAUCUUGUCUGAGAAGUGGACUGCAGAAGGAAGAAUUCUCUGAAAAACAAAACUUGCUCAUUGUUAUUACCAAGUCCCUUUGGAAUUUGACGUUGGUUCUUUUUUUAGUUGGCUUUUAAACCAAACUAAUGCCGAAACCUUAGUUUAUUUUUCUCUUAUGCUUAAGCUUGACUGAAUUAUCGACCCGUUUUGUUUGCUUCCAGUCUCUUAUUUUUAUGCGAAUGUUUCGUACCA